GGAAGUAAACAACACUGUUGAGUCGGCUGGAAGAAGCUGUUGCGGUCGCAGCUGAUUCUUUAACGUGUAAUGAAGCGAGAAUGUGUUCAGCCGACAGCCUGAGAGAGUUUGUCAGCGGGCGGCUAAGUGCUGCCGCUGAAGAGAUUCUCACAGUCUUUAAAAACACUGUCGCCGAGUACGAGGAAGAGAUCGAGCGUCAGCGCAGGCUGCUGGAGCUGGUUUGGAAACCCGAAAUCCAGUUACACCGGCUGGAGCUCCCGCAGCAACAUGUCUGUAAGGAGGAGCAGGUUCUGGCUGACCAGCAGCUCUGGAUUCAGGAGAGUCUGGACCAGGAGGACCCACAGCCUCCACAGGUUAAAGAGGAACAGGAGGAACUCCGGACCAGUCCGGAGGGAGAGCAGCUUGGACUGAAGCAGGAGACUGACGCCUUUAUGUUGACUCCUGCUCAUGAGGAAAGGGAGCACAGUGAAGCAGAACUGAACAGCGACCACCAGCUCCUCUCUCACGACUGUCAUGUAGCUGAGAGCCGAGAUCAGAGAGGAGGCGAGCGUGAAGACUCAGGAUCAACUAGAGAUGCAGAGCCAAAACAAAAGAAGCAAGAUAACAACAGGAGAAGCCCCAGAAACAAGUCUGCCAUGUCAAAGGUUCACCAUGAUCCUCACACAGGUAAAAACUCUUUCACAUGUGACACAUGUGGGAAAGAGUUUCAGUACAAGUUAGUAUUUCAGAAACACCUGAGAUACCACACGGGUGAGAAGCCGUAUUCUUGCAAAACAUGUGGGAAAGACUUCAGAACCAGAGUUAAAUUGCAAUACCACAUGAAAACCCACACAGAUGAGAAGCUGUAUACUUGCAAAACAUGCGGGAAAGACUUCAGAACCAGAGUUAAAUUGCAAUACCACAUGAAAACCCACACAGAUGAGAAGCUGUAUUCUUGCAAAACAUGCGGGAAAGCCUUCAGAACCAGCACUGAAUUGCGACUCCAUAUAAGAACCCACACAGGUGAGAAGCCGUAUUCUUGCAAAACAUGUGGAAAAUCUUUUAGCCAGAGGAGUCACGUGAUGGCCCAUCUGAGAACCCACACAGGCGAGAAGCCGUAUUCAUGUGAAACAUGUGGCAAAGACUUCAGAACCCGCCAUACACUGCAACUCCAUAUAAGAACACACACAGGUGAGAAGCCGUUCCUUUGCAAAACCUGCGGUAAAAGAUUCACUGACAAUUCAUCAUGUAAAAAACAUAUGAGAAUCCACACAGGCGAGAAGCCGUAUUCUUGUGAAACAUGUGGGAAAGCUUUCAGAGAUCUUACUCAAUUGAAAAUUCACAAAAUAGAACACACAGGUGAGAAGCCGUAUUCUUGCAAAGCAUGUGGAAAAUUCUUUAACCAAAGGUGUAACUUAAUAGCUCAUCUGAGAACCCACACAGAUGAGAAGCCGUAUUCUUGUGAAACAUGUGGCAAAGACUUCAGAACCCGCCAUCAACUGCAACUCCAUAUAAGAACCCACACAGGUGAGAGGCCGUUCCUUUGCAAAACCUGCGGUAGAAGAUUCAGUGACAAUUCAUCAUGUAAACAACACACGAGAAUCCACACAGGCGAGAAGCCGUAUUCUUGUGAAAUAUGUGGGAAAGACUUCAGAGUAAGUGGUCAAUUGAAAAUCCACAUAAAAAGAGAACACACAGGUGAGAAGCUGUAGCUUUGCACGACAAAAUAUGUGCUGAUGCGUCACAGAAGGCAGCAUACUAGUAAUCUUGUGGGAGACGAUUCGGUUCUAGAGGUUUGUGGUCGAAACAAAAGAACUCCCAGAAGUGAAGAGCUGCAUAAGUGCAGACCUUGUGGAAAAAGUUUUAAUGAAAUGAUAUGCUUGAAAACCCCUGAGGAUCAAUAUACCUCUGUGGUAAUAGUCUUUUGAGCACCAUGUGUUGAGCUACCUCAAGUCCACUACACUGAAUUUACAUAAAAUCGGUUGCACAUAUUUUCUUUCUGUUUAGUGAAAAUGAUUAAUUUGUAUUUAAUAUACUGAAUUCUUAUUUGUAAAACCAACAUGAUUUUUUUUACGUUAAUUCAAAGUUUAUCAUUGAUGUUAAUUAUAUUCGAUAAUUCUUUAAUGACCAAACAUAAUUCUUUUGGGUUAAUUUAAACAUUCCCUUUUAUGUUUAAUGUAUUCAAAUCUUACCUAUUAAAGCAA